AUGGAGCUCAACCAGUGGCAUCCACUUGCGGAAGCUUACACUAAGGUACUACUGCAGCAGAGACGCCUGGCUCUGAGAGUCCCAAUGUCAAGCCCACGCCGCGGGAAGACUGGCAGUAUACUCAGAUGGGAAGGUAUAAAGUGCACUAUUUCCUUCAUCACUUCAGGAUUCUCUGGACGCUUCUCUACACGACGAGACUCUUUGAACUCACUCAAGGCACCCGACAUCAUGUUGCCAACUCUCAUUCCACUCUACGCCUUGCUAACAACAGCUCUCGCAACUCCUAGUUCACCCAAGCUUCUCGCUGUUAGGCAACAAACGCAGCAAAUCAACAUCAAUGUACAAAUCUCGGACUCCCAAUUCAAGAGCUUCGAGAAUGCCAACGCCUUGAAGCAAUAUCUCCAGGGUCAAGGUUACAACUACGCUUUCAAUUACAACCAGCUCUCGCAAGGUGUCGCCUCGAUCGAUAGAUACUUUGCGACGAAAGCUGCCCAAACAACCACUUCCAACACAAACAAUGGAUUCUUUGCCGAGGAUAAUACAGCAGUUCAGACAGACAGCGAUUCUACAUCCUUGAAAGGUGGUCCUUCAUACACCAACAUCUCCCUCUCUGCCACCGAGAAUUUAGUUCAGGCCAUAUCAUUCAGUGAUGGUGAUGCUGGAACCGCUGGUGGUGCUAUUCAACGAUUGAAGGAUAUUUCCAGCACAUCUACUUCUGGAUCAUCAAACUCAACCGCUACAGUGACGGCAACAACCGCUCUGGUUCAAAUCUCUGCUGAAGCAAACGUUGAGAACGCCAGACAGAACCUCGUCGUGGACGGCGGACCCCAGGAUGCUUUGACGGGCGGCGUGUGUGCAGCUGGGUCGAAUGRUGCUUCAGCUCGCUCGGAGAUUAUCACCACCAUGAAAAUCCCCGUUAAUGUCAGUGGUCAGCCCACCAGCGGAAGUACUGCAGCUUCAUUCUGUGAGGCUGGUAUCAGUGGGAGGUCAAGUGGCCAGCCUGAUGGAAGCGGAACAAGCUCGAGCAUUACACAGGCUGCAUUGACGGAUGGAGGAGUCAGUGCCGGUGUUGUAUGUAACGGAGGGGCUGUUCGAAGAGCUGUGCCAGUUGGGUACUUUUACAGGGGUCAGGACGGCAAGUGCUCAGACUUCUUGUUCAUAGAAAUGAACACCGCAAAUCUAAACGCUCUCACGAUGGUAUUUGACCUAUUCCAUCGAUCAUCCGUCAAAGCCAGUCAAUGUUAUGGAGUCUGCGACGGUUACCAAGGAUUCCGUAGCCUCGCUGUUUGGUUCAGGCCGACUGGGAUCGGAACGUUCAAAGCAAUGUUCGGUGUAGAAACACUCCAAAAGAAUAAGACAAAAGAAACGAGCGAGUACGAGAGUAUGUGA